AUGAUUUCUAAUUCCGACAUUGAAACAAUAAAUAAGUUUAUUCUUGAAGCUAGUGGAACCCUUGAGAAUAUACAAAAGGCUUUUGUGAGAAAAUUUUCAUUAGAAUAUGGUCCUUAUCUAUACUUUUAUUAAGGUCUCUGCGAUAAUGUAUAAAAUAUUGAUGAUUUUGUUUUAGAUAUUUACAAAGGGAUAGAGACUCUUAAUCAUUUUCUUGUUGUACAAUUCUGAAUUGAGACAGUGCUUAUCGGAUAUAUCAAAUUUCAGUUUAAAUCAAUUUGAAAAAAAGUUCAUUCAAGAUCCAUAACUUGUAAAGCAUUCAAUUAAGACUUAUAAGAUAGUAUGCUGGCCUUACAAUAAAGACCCUUUUAGAAGAAUUAGAUAAAUUAACGAUAAAUGAUAAAUAAAUAAAUAAAGAAUUGCCGUAGCCAUAAAGUUCAAUAUUUAAAUUGAGAAAUUGUAUAUCUAUAAAUAGUAAUCCACCUUCGUAAUAUAUAAUAAUAAAAUUUAGGAAAUUGGUGUAGAAUUAAAACUUAUCUCAAUAAUAAAAUGGAUUCGAAAUUGAUUUUUUAAGAUUGACUCCAAACAUAGUUUAGAAUCGAUGUGAUUGGAUUGAAUUCUAUUAGGUUUACGAUGUUCAAUGGGAUUAUUCAUUGUAGAUCAAUUCUGACAAGUUAAGUCAGAUAAAGGAAAUUAUGCAAAAGGCUCAUUUAGAAUAACUGUCUGAGUAAGAAUUAAGGGUAUGAAGUGUAAAUAAUUGACUUAGUAAUUUCAAGAGUAUUUGAAGAAAGACAAUAAUAAUUUAUUAAAAAAUAAUGGAUUAUUAAAUUUCAAUUUAAGCGAUUUGAUAGAGAAGAACUUAAAUUUAGCCUUUUUCCUGUUUACUAAGCAUUUUCCAAAUACUGAGUUUCUAGAGUAAUAAUAUUGGAUAGAAAUAGUUUAAUGGAUGCCUUAGUUACAAUUGAUAUUACACCAAAUGUUUUGGAGAUGAUGUGCAUGAUAGUACAGCAAUAUCAUGUGCCUCAGGAGUACCUAAAUUAUUAUGUGAAUUAUUGCAUUUAGUUUUGCUCAAAUAUAAAGGUAAUUGUUAAAGGGUAACGUAUAGGAAAAAGGAUAGCAAGUGAAAAUGAUCAAAUAUUUGACAAUUUUCUUGAAACAUCUGAUAAAUAAAAAAAUGUUAAAGACUCAUGAAUUACAGACAGAGGUAUGAUAGAUUUAAUGAUAAAUUUAGUUGCAAGCUUUUUCGAUAGAAUUUUCUAAUAUAGGAGAAACAUCAAGUCUAUUCAAAUUGAUAAAGAAUGAUUAAUAAUAAUGA